AUGACAGUUGAAGACCCUCCGUACGACCUCUUGCAAUUCGCCCCCUCUUCCUUUACCAUUCUAUGGCGUGGGCAACACCACCAACUUCUCCUCCCGUCUCCUCUGACCUUUUUUCAUGCAAAGAUUCCUUUCAAGCACUGGCAGCUUCGCUCAUUAUUAUGUUCCCCAGCACCCAACCUCCUGUACUAUCCUACAGACAAAAACAUCUUUGCUCUAAAUCCAGCAACUAAAAAACGAGAAGUUGUAGCUUCGCUACCAUUUGGUCCUCGGUGCAUAGGUGCACGUUAUGGAUGGGUUUGUGCCGGUGGCGUGGACAAUGGCCAAUUUGCUAGCAUUCGGGUGGGGGAGCCGGAGAAACUUCGAAACAGGCGGCAAGGAAGCGACGAAGCUAUGAGGGAGCUAGGACCUGAAAAUGCAGGGGAAGGGUCUGGAAUCUCAAGGCGAGCACGCCCAGAGGUCAAAAUAACUCAUCUUGGUGGGUCAAUUGUAAACUCGGUCACCCUACACAGACCACCGUCGUCAAAUAGCGACGACGAUGUAGUAGCUGUACUCACUAAUAACGACAAAACUGUACGGAUAUUUCAUCUCGCACAAAAUCGGGUUCUCACUACUCUCGUUCUCGAUAUAGCCACUAAUCAUGCAUCAAUUUCACCUGAUGGUCAACAUCUUGUUGUUAUAGGCGAUUGUCCCAUAGUCUACUUCUACCAUCCUACCUCUUCUUCGGGCUCGUCGUGUUCUAGUGCUCCUGGUAUGGGGAUUGGGGAAGCAGGCUGCGAAUGGGUUCUUUACUCGCAUCCCCCGUUGACUGCCGGGACAGAUGCAUUGAUAUCAACCAGCUUCUCACCAUCAUCUCUACUAUGCGCAGUGGCGUCUCAGGAUGGCUCAAUAACGAUAUUCGAUACCCGUUAUCUCUCAUGUACUAAUAGCCCUGGCUGCCCUUCGCCAAUUGUCAAGAGAAUACCAUCGUCUCGUCCUAAAACACCCGCUGGUGCAGUCCGGAGUGUUCAAUUCUCACCGGCACCCUGGGAUCUCCUUGUUUGGGCGGAGCACUCUGGUAGGGUUUGCGUGGCAGAUGCCCGAAGUAAUUUCACGAAACGACAGGUUGUGGAUAUCCUCGUAGAGAAAGACGAAUUGGUUGAAGCAGAGAUUGAGUCAGUUGGUGAAGAUGAUGAUACCCAGCGUUCCUGGCGUAGACGUGAAGGCUCUGCAGGUAGAAGAUAUACAAGAGAGGAGGAGGAUGAGGAUGCUGUCUCAGCUAAUAUUGAUAAUGUCCAUGCAUUUUUUUCGCGCCGAUUUGACGAAUUGCACGAACUAGUAUCUCGAGUACGGGGUGCUAAUUCACAUGAAUUGUGGGAUACCCCUGUCUGGAAUGGCACAUCAAAUUAUUCUCCCUCAAAUAGGCCUUCCGGGGCGGCCGCUGCAACUGCCAAUUACCCACCCUAUGCACCUAUUCGGGUACCAACAUCCACACAACCGUCCUCCGCGUCUGUACCAAUUCCACCAACUCAACCCAUCCAUACAAGUACGCCUGCACUUCUUCGUGAUCACCGUGAGCGUCAACUCGAACGUGAGCGUGCUAGACAACGAAUCCAUGACCCACCACGUCGUCGCAACUCAACUCACCCCUCUUACACUGACCAAUCAACAUCCACUUCUCCGGCUUCAGCGCAAUUGUCAAUACCAAUCUCCGCCUCCCCCACUCCCACUCCCCCAACUGUUGAUGUCAGCCCUUCUUUGCAAAGGUUUCCUUGGAAUACUGGUAGUGAGCCGAUCCACACCGCAAAUGCACGCCCAUUAGAAACAAUGUUUACAGACCAUCAGAGAAAUCGAGAACAGCUUAGUGCAUUAAUAGCGGAGGACCGGAGGAGAGGCUAUAUCAGGAGACGCGCGGCAAGUGGGGUUCCUGCGGGUACGGUGGUUAUGGAGGAUGAUGGUGGAAUGAGGUACCAAGAGGAAGGUAAUGCGGGUGUGGAUAUUACUGGAUGUACACUGAGUCGUGAUGGGAGCAAACUGUAUGUGGCCACCGAUGGCGGAAUCGUUGAAUAUCACGUCGAUAUAGCUGGGAGAAAGGUUUUUCCAAGUCUUUCCCCCCGGUGA